AUGGAUUACGGCGGUGGAGCUGCGUAUCCUGAAAGCAACGCCAUCGCCAUCAUUCCAGACCCAUCCGGCCCUCCCAGCCGCGAUUCCUGGCCGCCGCCGGCGAGCGACCAGCUCGUGUGGGCGACGGACGAGGACUACCGUGCUUGGGGUGGCGACCUGUUGGGUGACAACAGCUUCAACUCUGCCUACGAUGGCCGCCAGUCCCGGUCUCGAGCUGGCAGCGAACAGCCUCCUGGCAAGCGGCCUCGGAUAGGAGAUUCGCAGGGUGGCAAUAGGAAUGCCAGCUCCAAAACCAUUGGGAAGAUGUUCUUCAAGACCAAGCUUUGCUGUAAGUUCCGGGCAGGGACCUGCCCCUACAUCACAAACUGUAAUUUUGCUCAUGGGAUCGAGGAGCUCCGGAAGCCACCUCCCAACUGGCAGGAAAUUGUGGCAGCUCAUGAGGAGGGUUCGGAGCCGCCAUUCCCGAUAGAGGAACGCCACAAUUCCACCAUUGGUUCGUCGAUCGCAACAGGGGAGUCAGAGAGAUCGUAUAAGGGAAGACGAUGCAAGAAGUUCUACACAGAAGAGGGGUGCCCUUAUGGGGAUAGUUGCUCAUUCAUGCAUGAUGAGCAAUCUAAGUCUCGCGAGAGCGUUGCUAUUAGCCUGUCACCAGCAAUUGGAGGUGGCGGCGGAUGCGGGGGUGGAGCGGCUGUGGUGGCUCUAAAGCCGUCGAAUUGGAAGACGAGAAUCUGCAACAAGUGGGAGAUGACAGGAUACUGCCCAUUUGGCACUAAGUGCCAUUUUGCUCAUGGCGCUGAAGAAUUGCAUCGAUAUGGUGGGGGGAUUGUGGAUCCCGAAGGUAGAGAUGUCUUACCUGCUCCAGACACACAGCAAGCCGGGUCGUUAGCUAAGGCUACGGCGGAUGCUUCCCUAGGUUCGAAUGUUUUGGUUCCCCUCGCAGACACACAUCACAUUGGCGUGCCUUCACAGAGAUUCUCUAGUGUUGUACAGAGACAGGGACAGAGGUCUAUGGAGAAAUGGAAAGGCCCGAACAAGAUUAGUAAGAUUUACGGAGAUUGGAUCGAUGACUUCGAAUAGAACCGCGAUCAUAAUUACAGGUCAACUAUUU